GAGCUCCUAGAUAUGCUCCUCCGAUGCAGUCGUGAACCUUUAGAUGCGCAGUUGUGAGCUAUCCGACGUUAUCGAACAUGCUCUGGUGACGUACUCUUGCGCUGUCAACUUUGACCUGUGAUGCAGGCUGCAGCGGCACAUUUGACAAUAGGAAAGAUUUCAUAUUUCUUUUUGUAAAAGUGUAGGACUUUAAAUAACUCCAUUGCGUUCACCUUUUCAUCUUUACACGAAUGGAAAUCACCGCAUUUUGCAGUUUGAGGUCGGCGUUAGUGUGUUCUGAAUUCGUUUCCAACAACAACAGUUUUGAGAAGGAAAUUUGUCAGCAAGCUAGCCAAUGCUAGCACUCGGUAACUGUUUUGUAACACUUACGGGUGUCUCCUAGGGUAGUUAGCUAGCCAGAAAACUGCGCAUCAAUGGGGUAGCAUGUAAGGCAUGUUGUCUGCUAGCUGCCUGCCACGACCACGCUUUGGAGAAAGCUUACAACUAAAGAUUAAAGAUAUUAGGAUACAAUCCACACUAACGUUACGUUACUAUCCGCAAGCUGUCGGUGUAUGUUAAAUAGCUUGUCACGUCUGGAAAGAGACUAAGAUGUCAUCUGACAGUGGGUUUUUGUGGCAUAUAUAGUAAGCAGUUAAAAUGAGUGGUGCAAAUCAAAAAACGUUAUUUCAGACAUGGGGUGCCACUGUACCGCACAAAGUCGUCACAAAUGAGGUCGGGAAGAAGAACCCCGGACGGCGAAAGGUAAAUCAAAACAAAAUUUCGCAGAGGGUUACGAAACAGGAAAACGACAGUUCUCUUCCUCCACGCAAGUCACUCUGGGGUGAAAUUGGUCAAGGUUCCACUUCCAGUGUCACAUCAAAUGUGGCAGAGGAGGAAGACGAUGAUGACUUGAUGUUAGUGGCUGUGUAUGAGGCUGAAAAGUCUCUUGAAAAUGUUGAUGGCCAGCAUGACACCCAGACAUGCGACACACGGAUUUCUCCGAAUGCAGUAUCUUCGGACUUACCUGGCUUUGACAUCUCCUCUGCUAAAGUAUGGAUUUAUCCCACCAACUACCCGAUCAGAGACUACCAACUUAAAAUAUCCGAGGUGGCACUUCUUCAAAACACACUGGUCUGUCUGCCAACUGGUCUGGGGAAGACAUUUAUAGCCUCGGUGGUGAUGUACAAUUUCUACCGCUGGUACCCAUAUGGAAAAAUAGUUUUCAUGGCUCCCACCAAACCCCUUGUGGCUCAGCAAAUUGAAGCCUGCUACAAGGUCAUGGGCAUCCCUCAGGAACACAUGGCAGAACUGACAGGUAGCACACCUGCACACCAGAGACAGGAGCUGUGGAGAUCGAAGAGGAUUUUCUUUCUGACACCGCAGGUGAUGGUGAAUGACCUGUCGAGGAACACCUGCCCUGCAACCCAGGUGAAGUGUGUGGUGAUCGACGAAGCCCACAAAGCCUCAGGAAACCAUGCCUACUGCCAGGUUGUCAGGGAGUUGGGGAACCAGACACGUCAGUUCCGUGUGCUGGCUCUUAGUGCAACCCCUGGAGGAGACAUGAAGGCAGUUCAGCAGGUCAUCUCCAACCUGCUCAUCUCCCACAUUGAGCUGCGAUCAGAGGAGAGUCCAGAUAUCCAGGCCCAUUCUCACCAGCGCAGCCUGGAGAAGGUGGUUGUCCCGCUGGGGGAGUCCUUAUCUGGAUACCAGAAACGCUAUCUACAGGUCCUUGAGAGGUUCACGGCACGUCUGACCCAGUUGCGGCUGCUGUCUCAUCGUGACCUCCGCUCGCUCACCAAGUACCAGCUCAUCCUAGCCCGCCAGCAGUUCCGCAGCAACCCGCCACCACAGGUGCAGGGGGCCCAGCAGGGUGCAUUAGAAGGGGACUUUGCUUUGUGCAUCAGCCUGUAUCACGGCUAUGAGCUGCUUAUGCAGAUGGGCCUGCGAUCUCUCUUCCUCUUCACGCAAGGCAUCAUGGGAGGAGCUAAAGAGACAUCUCGAGCCAGAAAUGAGCUUCAGAGGAAUAUGGACUUCAUGGACCUGUACAAGGAGAUGGAGGCCAUGUUUGUCAGGCCUACUGCAGGGCCCGAGGAGCCGUUGUUCUACAGCCAUCCUAAACUACAGAAACUAGAUGAGGUGGUGCUGCAGCACUUUCAGGCAUGGUCAGAAACCUCGGGCUCUGGGGCGGCAGGGCAGGAGUCGAGCACACGAGUGAUGAUCUUCUCCUCCUUCAGAGAGAGCGUGCAGGAGAUCGCCACCCUGCUGAAUCGCCACCAGCCCCUCGUCAACGUCAUGACCUUCAUGGGCCAGGCCUCUGCCGGCAAAGGGGUGCGAGGGUUCACCCAGAAAGAGCAGUUAGAGGUUGUGCGGAGGUUUAAAGAAGGUGGCUUCAACACGCUGGUGUCCACGUGUGUGGGUGAGGAGGGAUUGGACAUCGGCGAGGUGGACCUGAUCGUGUGCUUUGACGCGCAGAAGAGCCCCAUCCGCCUGGUCCAGCGCAUGGGCCGCACAGGCCGCCGCAGGAAGGGGCGCAUCGUUGUCAUCCUGGCCGAGGGCCGCGAGGAGAGGACAUACAAUCAGAGCCAGAGUAACCGGCGCAGUGUGAACCGGAACAUUCUGCAGAACAAUAGCAGCUUCCACAUGUUCCCCAACUGCCCACGCAUGCUGCCAGAGGGCCUGACCCCCACCAUUCACAAGAUGCACAUCACCUGUGGCCAGUUUGAAGCCAGAGACACCAGCCGGCGUUCCAGUAAGGGCCGGAAGUCGAUCGCAGAGGGGCGAGAGUCCCUUGUGCAUCCCAGCACUUUCGUGAGAUUUCCUGAGGAGAACCAGAGAAGAGACGGCUUCCUGAGUCCAGCCGAGUUCUCUCUCUGGUCCUCCACCAUGCAGCUGAGAGAGGACGAGCCCCAGCCCACGCUGCCUCAGUCCCACUUCCUGUCUCUGUCCGCAGAUGCCCCUCCACAGGGCGAGGCUGUAGACGGACCUAAGCAAGAGCUUUCUCUCUGGGAGUGGAGGCACUGGCAGAACCGGCCUCAGUACACACACAGGGUGGGCCACUCUGAGCGCUGCCUCCAUUUUACUGCCAUCACAGACUUGAUCGACAGCCUGAAACAGGAGGAGGGUGAGUGUAGUUAUGAGGCAGAGUUGAUGCCGUAUCUCCACAAAGAGGACGUUGCUGGCUUCCAGGACGAUAACCGCUGGGAAAAGCACACCAGAAGACAAAAGGAGACCAAACUGUGCCCCUCAAAAUCAAGAAAAAACACUAAAUCCUACCAUGCCUCAAUUUUUUCAGAGGAGUUAGAUGAUGACAUUGUGGACAAGAAAAAAACCAAGGUGGCACUUGAGAGUCCCUGGACCAUAAUCAAGGAUAAAGUUCCCCCUGAGACAGUUCCUGAUUCCAGACAUGUCAAUAGAGGCUUUGAGAACCAGAGUCAGCGUUCCACCGUCAGUGUCGACCCACUGAUGAAUAUGGAUUUUGACUGCAUCUUGCACAGCGACGAAGAUGGAAGCCCAACAAAAAAGCCAUUAGAGACAGAGUUUAAGAUGAGUAUUGGUGCCCUGGAUGGCACAGAGGAGGAGCAGCCAAGAACUCAAUCAAUCUCUAGGCCUCAUUGUGAUAAACUGGCAGAAGAGCAGAACUCAGAAUUUGAGGAACUGUUUUAUUUACCAAAGGAAUGCAAGAACUCUAGACUCAAGCCCUUUAGAGAAUCCUCACCAAGCUUGAUAUCGAUUCUAGAAAAUGUCAAACAGCUUCUUUCCAAAUCCCCACCCCUUAUUGUUGAUCUGGAGUUAUCUCAGACUGAUACCUCUUCCAAUCAUGAAACAACCAGAGAAUCAAAGGAGGUCCAACCAGAUCUGCUACAUGAAGAUGACCCAUUCCAGAUCAAUUUCUGUUUAGAGGAAAAUGAUGAUGAUGACGACGAAGAUGAAUGGUUGGAAGGAGAUUCUGUAAAAAAUGUAGGUAAAGAAAUGUCUGCAGGUUUUCCCAACUUUAAUGAAAGCUCCCAUAUAACACAUGUACCAAUGAAGGCUACUGAAGGCUUGCGUGAAAUGACAAACAGCCCAACCUGGGAUGAGGUCUUCGAGGACAUCAACAUGGUGCCCGAAGUUGAAGAUGACAUUAAACCUGCCCAGGCCCUGGAACAGGCAGGCCUGAGAGGCCCACUUCAGCACAGCAUCCUGAAUGAGAGUGUUGACCUAUUUGGCGACGAUGAAGCUUUUCUUCAAGUCACCUUGCCAGACAUACAGACCCCUGUUAAGAACUUCUCCAACCAUACAGGCAGUGAAUUGGUGGAGGUCAGAGACGAGACGGAACCUGAUAAAAGCGCUGCAGAGACAGUUUUCAAGGCCCCAGCAGAUUCAUCACGAAUGUCCAACACCACAUCACCUAGCGCCCAGCAGAAACCUGGCCAGAACUCGGAGCAUUUUGACCUCUCACAGGACUUCUUCUCUGUGAACUUUGAUCUUGGAUAUUGUCUUGAGGAUGAAGAUGAGGAGGAGGAUGAAGUCAGGGACGACCUGCAGUCCGCUCCAGCUCUUCCCUCCAAGCCUGAGCAUAAGCAGGCAGAAAACGCAUCACACAAACCUGGUCACACCAUCAGCGCCUCCACCCCCAGUAGUCGUCUCAAGCAGGCAGGCGAGACAUCAGCUCUAAGCGCCAAAGAAAACUCUCUCCUCUCACCCAGUCUCACUCUACAACAGAGAUUAGCCAUCAGAUCUAAGACCUCCACACCAUCUCGUGUCACACCAGUAUCACGAGACGGACAACCAGAGGCUGUGGCUACAAACUGGAGCCUCGACACCCCUCAAAGAGAGAGCCGGUGGAUAACUACCAGGAAGUCUUUGCUCCAAAAAGCAACACUCUCGGUAGAUCAUUCGGUCCACUUCCCUAAACCAGAGCACCCUGCCAGUGACAGUGAGGACGAUGUCGUCGUACGGAAGUGCAGGCGACAGGGCCAACUGAAUCCUCUCUCUUCCCCAGAACAGUCAAGGGUCUUAAGCGAUGUGGACUCGCCUGUGCAAGUAACCAGAAAGCGUGUUGCUGCCCCUCGCAAUCUCAUGUCGGAGGAGAGUGAUGUGGAGGCUUUGUCUGAUAAUGACUUCAAGGACUCGUCCUUCAGACAGCCCAGAGCCCAACCUCCCCGCAAACAAUUCAAACAAACGCACACAUCAAAGGGGACAGUGCGCAGAAAGGGGUGUCAGUUCCUGGAUCAGGAGGCGGCGCUGUCAGAGGAAGACGGGCCUGUUUCUUCCGAUGAAGAAGAUGACGAAGAGCAGAACCGGACGCUGGAGGGCUUUGUGGUGGACAACAGCCAUCUCUCUCAGGGUCUCAACGAAUCAGAGAUGCAGGGUUUUUACCUGAAGUCGGUGAGGAGCCCUGCUCUUCCUGGGAAAUUCAAAAUGGUGUACAAGCCCACCAACAACAACAUGGACAUCUUCUCACAGAUGCCUGAGCAGGACGAGACGUACGGGGAGGACAGCUUCGUGGUGUACGGCAGCGACGUGGAGGAGCUGGGGAGCAGCGAGAAAGACGAGGAGGAGGACGAGUUGGUGAAGCUGAUUGGCGAAGACUCCUACGUGGACGGGAGGAGGAACUAUGCGACCCGGCGCAAGGCUCAGCUCAGGCAGGCCAGGGGCAGAGAACCGAGCCCUGAGCCUGCCGGGAAAACCAAACGCUCCCGGAUUGUGCGCAUGGAAGACUCCAGCGAUGAGGAGCAGGAGGAGAAGAGUGGGAAAACAAUGGAAGCCCCGAAGCGAGCAGCCCAAGCCUGCCUUGAAGCAGCCAGAGAGAAGCAGCAGCCGGUCUUUAAGGCUCCGCUGCUUCCCCCACAGUCCUCUGCUGCUGCUGUGGGUGCCUCUCAUGGGUGCAGGCCUCCGCCCAACCCGCUAGAGGAGAGGAACCGCCAGAGGCUUCAGAACCAGGCCCGGCUGUCAGAGGAACUGGACUUUGAGGCAACGCCCUCCACCCCCUCCCUACGUGACAAGUCACAAGCUAGCAGCUCCAACCUGUCUGUGGAUCACGGCACCGGCCCAUCCCCUGGCCCGUCUCCCUUGGCAACGGGUCCGGUGUGUGUUCUGGUGGACAGCCGCUGCAUCUCCAGCGGGCCGGAGGUGAUCUCAGCGAUGCGUCUGCGGCACGGCGUGACGGCGCAGGUCUGCUCGCUAGACGGCUGCGACUUCAUCGUCAGCAACCGCAUGGCGGUGGAGCGGCAGACGCAGGCGGAGGUGGCGGCGGCACAGAACCGCAAGCGGCUGCUGGAGAGGAUGCACAGCCUGCAGGGCCUGUUCGAGAGGGUCUGCCUCAUACUGGAGGCUGACCGAACCCGCCCAGGAGAGGCGUCUCGACCCUUCCAGCGCACCCGUUACUAUGACAGCACGCUGGGGGGGUUGGUGCGGGCGGGGAUCAGGCUGCUGGCCAGCGGGGGGGCCGAGGACACCGCUGCCCUAUUGGCCGAGCUGGCACGGGUGGAGCAGAGGAAAGGCCAGGCCAUCGGCGUGCCCCUGGAGGUCAAAGGUCACCAGCAGCAGGCGCUGCAGUUCUACCUCACGCUGCCGUGUGUCAGCUACGUCAACGCCCUCAACAUGUGCCACAACUUCCGCUCCGUCGCCCAGCUUGUUGACAGUUCUCUCUCAGCUCUGCAGAAAGGUGCACAUGUGAGUCGCUCCAGGGCAGAGGAGAUCUACCGCUGCCUGCGCUACUCCAGUGACGUCUCCCUGAUGGCCACUCGCUAAGACCCGCACCCCAGCACUGUGUGUGUGUGUGUGUGUGUGUGUGUGUGUAUAUAUGUGUGUGUCCACAGCCAGGUCUUAGGCGCAACACUGACUAUGUACGCCUCAAUAAGUGGCGAGAGCGCCCUCCUCAGGAAACACACUAAACAUCCUCAAACCAAGGUGUCUAUUAAGGCCCACAGUGCUUACCCAGAGCUCAGGCUGAUGCACACUUUACAUGCCCUUAAACUCAGGUGCUGCGUGAUGCUUGCUUUGAGUCCCCCCACCAGGCCAGACUUGACCAUCACUUACAAGUGCCUCCACACUGAGAUGCUGCUGAACUCCUCAUUCUUGUGCAAUGAGGUGAUGCUCAGGUCUAAGUGUUUACGUCACCGUAUCAAAGUGGGACUUGGCACAGUGUGGGCUCCCUCCUCAGGUCAGACUGUGUGUACCUUCUCUCUCUCUGUGUGUGUGUGUGUGUGUGUGUGUGUGCCCUCAAACACAUGUGCGGUUCAAUGCUCACCUGGUGCCCACACCAACCUCAGGCCAGGCUCUGUGCUUACUGACUGGACCCUAGGACUGAGGUAGGACUCCAAGCAUCGACAUCUGAGCACCUCUGGUGAUUGACAUCAGAUUGUGAGCCAUUGCUAAAUGAGUAUGCCUCCAGUAACCUCCAUCAUGACACACCAGUCCAAAAUUGAAAGCACUCUAGCGCUCAGUUUCAGAGCCAGUACUCUAAUCCAGCGUUGGACACCAGAUAUUUGGAGAGUUAGGCACAUCCUGUGGCAACAGUUGUCUAUUCCGGUGCAUUCCAGCAGUAUCAUCGUCACUCUACAUUUUUUUGGCUGGUCUCUGUGUUUGAAGACAUAAACUGAUUGUGAGGAACACAUUGUUUGGAACCAAAACAAACUGUACAUUCUCCGGGGGACUUUUGGGCAGUCAGCAUAGCCUCUUUCAAUAACUCAAAUACUUUUCUCCAUCUGGAAUGCAAGCCUGGCCUUAUUCCCAGAGAGAAAGGAGAGGUUGUUCAUAUGACUCAUAUCUGAUUGGGCCUUAAAGGCCUUCAUCAUAUGCACUUUAUGGUAUGUGAUUUACCAGUGGCUUUAUUUUGUGAAGUUUGUUUACUUGACAUGAUGGGAGUAAUGUUACAUAAUGACUAAGCUGUGUACAACUGAGUGACAGUGGAAAUAAUAUGGUUUCAGUGAGUUUUGCUUUUAUAAAGCCAUUAAUGAUUUCCCUCAUGGAGUCAGUGGACUCUGUCUGGGUUGUUAAAAGUAAGUUAUUUUUCUAGUCAUGUACAUGCAAUUUACACUAAAUAAAUAAACAUCCUUUAUAUAAUUA